AUGCAAGAAACAAGGAGUCAAAUAGAUACUGUAAGACGUAUAGCAAACAAUGCACGUACGGGAUUGGAUACUUUACGAGAAGCACAAAAUACACUAAAGGAAGCAAAUGAUAUUCUUGGCUCAGUAUCAGACAUGCAUGAAGAUUGGCUUAAAGGUAUUGACAAAUCUUUAAAAAAUCACAGUCAGUCUAUUGCUGACUACAAGAAAAGUAUAGAUUUUUUACAUAGUGCUAUGGACGUACAUGAUGGAAGCAUAAGGAACUUACUUAAUGCUAACAAUAACUUACCAGGAACUAUUAAAGCAUUUAUAAAGUCCUUUGUAAAACCCGGUGCUCUAACAUUUAGGUCUUUGAGAGCAAGAGCAUUGAAGUCAAGAGAUGCAGAAACUCCAACAGAACCUACAGAAGGAACUGAAACAGCAGAAACUCCAGAAGAACCACCAAAACCAACAGCUAAUGAAAUAUUGUUCGAAUAUUUUCCAAGGUACUCUGUUCUCAUUGCAUACAUUCAAGAAAUACUUAAGAAAGCAGACUUGACUUUAGGAGAUGAUGAAAGUUCUGUAUAUCUUUCGUUCCAGUUUCAAAUAGCAGAACUUUUGAGACAGAUAUGCUUAAUGUAUGACAACAUCUCUGAUUUCACAAGAUAUGAUGACGACCAUGACCCCGAACAUGGUGAAGAAGAAGUUUUACAAACAUCCAUUAAGACAGGAAAGGUUUUAACUCAAAGUCUCAUUAUUGACACCAAAGAUGGCGAAGUGGACGUUCUUCAAGAGCUGAAGAAAAAUACUUCUUCGGGAGGUGGUGGUAGGCAUGAACUUGAAAUAAAUGAGAUAGAAGAGAAAUUAGCCGAAAAAGCAGAUAAAGAACAUAAACACAAUAUCUCCGAUAUAAAUGAACUUCAAGCUACAUUAAAUAGUAAAGCGGACAAGAACCACGUUCAUUAUAUAACUUCAGACGAACAGAUUAUAACGGACUACCAUGGAUAUUUAACACGAAGUGAUGAAGCGAAGACAAAAAAUGUUAAUGAAAGAAGAUAUAAAUACAUUCGUGCUAAAGGUUAUGACAUAAGCUGUACUGUACAGUAUGACACGGGUAAAGCACCAGAAGCAUUUGGUUAUACCGGUGAAAUUUAUGCCUCUACUUUCAAUGUUAACGGUGUAUUAGUUGAACCAAGAUUUACUUUGAGAGUUAAGUCAAAAAUAACGUUUGAAGAUGCUAUUAAAAGUAAAGCUGACAAAGUUGAACUUGAAGCAACGAACAAAGUUUUGAAAUCUCAUAAACACAACAUCUCCGAUAUAAAUGAACUUCAAGCUACAUUAGACAGUAAAGCUGACAAGAACCAUACACAUAAAUCCUUCACUACUGUUAGAGCAGACGACAUAAUAUUGAACUUUGACCUUGGUUCAAGUGCACCUUUAGAGAAUCCGAGUACAAGCGUAAAAGAUACUCUUAACAAUUUAGAUAAGAGUUGCAGGAAUAUUGAAAGUCAUGCCAGAAACUUUGAAGCAUAUGAACUACCAACAAUGUUAGAUAAGAAAGCUGACAAGAACCAUACACAUAAAUCCUUCACUACUGUUGCUAUAGAAAGUAUUGAAGGAACGGUUGAAGAAACUGGUGGGGAUGCAUUAUAUUGUAAACCUCCUAACUUUCCACAAGGUUUAACAUCGGAUGACGACAUAACGACGAUGAGAAACAUUAGAUGUAAAGAUGUUUAUGUCAUGAAGGAUGAACAUAAUAUUAAAUUCACUGCUCAAGAUUUAUAUGACAAGAAAGCAGACAAAACAGAGCUUCAAACAUUAAAGACUCAGAUUCUUGAAACAUUAUAUCCUAUAGGCUCUAUUUAUACGUCAAUGAACUCAACAAAUCCAGCAACAGUUUUAGGUUUUGGUACAUGGCAGCAGAUUGUAGACAAAUUCUUAUACUGUGCUAACUCUUCAAAGCAAACAGGAGGUUCGAAGAAAAUUACUGAAGCAAACUUACCUGCGCACACUCAUACAGGAACUACAAACACAACAGGUAGUCAUUCACAUUCAAUAACAAAAAGAGGUUAUACAAAUCUUGCAGCAGGUUCGGAUAGACAGGGAAUGAAUAGAUAUGAUAUUUCAAGCGACCCAGUAGAUUCAAGCGCAGGUAUUUUCUGUGGAACCGCAGGAAAUCAUUCACACACUU